GAAGCCGUCGCCGCGAGCAGUAUUGGCGCCACCGUCAGCCCCUUCGCCGCCACCGCCGGCGCCGCCACUGCCGUACCAGCCUCCGUACCAUCUGCCACCGGGGGAGUUCCCGGGGUGUUGGGGCGCCUGCGACCCCGCACCCCGCGCGCGUUCCUGCUCGCCGACUUACCGCGGCAAACAACAACAACAACAACAACAACAACAGCAUCAGCAACCACGCUGCAGCAGCGGCACUAAACGCCGCCGGUUACGGAUUCGUCCACGCCAAGAUCCGGUUCCGUCGGCAAUGCACAGGUCAGCUACAGCUCCGCCGGCGGCGCCGCUACAGGGCAUCGCGGGGUUUACAGCACACGCGGACGAUAACACGAUACGGCAGUCCGUUUCGCAAUUCGAUUCUCAGUCGCAGCUACAGCUCUCGCAGCAGCAGGAACGGACCCGUGGGUCGUUUCUGCUACAGCCCAACACGCUCGUGUCUUCCUCUGUAGCGUCGUCCGCCGCAACCUCGGCUGUAGUCGUCACCAUUGGCACCAAUGUGCCGUCAGCUGGAGUGAAUUCCGGGCUACAGUCGCAACAGCCGCCGCCGCCGCCGCCGCCGUCGCGGGCCAGCCUGGCGGCGGCGCUGGCGCACACAGGCGACGGCUCGCUCAGCGCCGCAUCCUGGCUACAGCCACCACCGCCGGUGACGCCGCCGCCACCGUCGCGAAACAGCGUCCCGCAGCAGCAGCGGCCGGAGCAGCAGCAGAUGUUGACUCAACAGCUAUCCGAGUCGUACGGAUCUGAAUAUGUCGUAUCCACGUUGCAAAACAUGCAGGCGGAGGUGUUGGCGGCGACGGCGAAAGCGGCGGCUGAGAGGCACCAAGGUCCGACGUCAGCGGAGGUGGCGGCGGCGUUGUGGCGUACCUGUCGGGAGGUACUGGCGGCGGUGGCGGAGGCGGUGGCGGCGGUGGCGGCGGCGGAGAGCGGCUACCGGGGUGGUGGCGGCAGCCGUCUCAAUGACGUGCGUGGCGUGCUGCGUGAUGGAAAGGAUGGUAUCGGAACGGGAUGCCGUGAUGUCCGGGAAGCCGAGCCGGAGAGGGUGUCUCUGUCUCCUGGGCUUCGACUCCGCCUCCGCCAGGAUCUGGGCACGGAGGCCGCAGCGGCAGCGGAGGCGCGAGGCGGCGGAGAUGAUGAAGGCUCGGAGAAGGGCAUUACCCUUGGCGGCGGCGACGGAGGCGACGGAGAUGAUGAAGACGACGGAGGCAGUGGCGGCGCCGAAGAGGAAUCGCCGCCAGCGCCGCCGACAACUCCCGUACAGCUAUCACCGCCGACAGACGCUGCGGCGGAAGGCGUUACAGCGAGCGGCGAUGUACGGGACGGAUGCGGCGUCAAUCGGGUGCCGCAGCGGCCCUCAGACAUCGCGGAGCCGCCGCCGCCGCCGCCGCCGCCAUCGGGCCUGGCGCCGGUUGAAGCUCCACCCCGGGGGCUUGUCGAAGGCCUUGCGCACCCAGCAAACGUAAGCGGCAUUGGCGGCGACAGUAUCACAUCGCGACGAACGACAGACGGUGUCACAGCCCUGGAUGCUGAUGCCGUACCGCAGAUUCCCAGCACAGGCAGCGG